GAAGGAAGUGAAGUCAGAAAAUGGCUCUCAAUUUGAAUCCCUUGCUUUCUUUUACUUUCCUGCAAAUGGGUUAUCAUUCAUCUCCCAAAUUCUCCAUGGCCUCCAUGCACCGCUCUGUGUCCAGGGAGAUUAAGAAUACAAAGAAGACUUCUAGCUCUCCUCUCAAGGUGCAAGUAACCCACUCAAUGCCACCACACAAGAUUGAGAUUUUCAAAUCCAUGGAGAAUUGGGUUGAAGAGAACGUUUUAAUUCACCUGAAGCCAGUUGAGAAAUGUUGGCAACCUCAGGAUUUUCUGCCUGAUCCUGCGUCUGAUGGAUUUCAUGAGCGAGUCAAGGAGCUACAGGAGAGAGCUAAGGGGACCCCAGAUGACUACUUUGUUGUUUUGGUUGGACAUAUGAUCACUGAAGAAGCCCUUCCAACUUACCAAACUUUUAGCAACUUUGACAACAAGUUUAUUUUGACCAAUGGACACAUGCAACUUUUCAUUCCCAACCAGACCGAGCAUUUCAUAUCCUUUCCCCAGUUCAUCCCCCAAAGUACUCUCUUUAGGAAAUACCAAACUGCGUCCUAUUGGCUAGGUUCCUCAUGUCCGUUAUGGUGUAUCUCUCCUUCAUCUUCCUUAGCCGACGACCAUCUCUCUUCUCUUUAGGCUUAGAAACAGGAACUAGAAGUGGUUUAGGUUGUUUUGCAGGGGGUUGGUUAUCGCCAUUUUCUCAAUCGUCUUAAGGAUCUCUUCUCAAUGGAGUUCAAAAGUUGUGAUCCCUUAAGACCCUCA